AUGCACGGCAUGGAGUCGAUUGACCAAAACCUCAUGGCCAGCACCCCAACCUCAUUCGACUGGUCCGUCGGGGGCGGCAGCAGCACCGGAUCCCACCUGAACCUCGACACCAGCAUCCCCGCGACAUUCACGGCCGACGACCUGGACCUGGGCGCCUUCUCCGCACGCAGCGGCAGCAUGCCCUCAAUCGCCAUAGACGAAUGUGAGCCUUUCCCCAACCUCUCCUCGCCGUCUUCACCAGUACCUUCAUUAUGGUUAGGUACCACGCGUGCCUCGUCUCCCGACUCCAUGCCCUCGGGCCUGCCACCACCAACCAGCGCCAGCAGCCUCUCCAACUACACCACGCCCUCCUCCUACUCCGGCAAACUCCCAAUAACAACAACCUCACCCUUACCAUCCGGAGAAAUGCACACGGCCCCCUCUUGGGAAUUCAUGGCACACCCUCACCUGCCCCCCUCCCAACUCCACCCUCCACCCUCCGCUCCCACAUCCCGCCCCACUCACUCCCGCAAAACAUCUACCUCCUCCCUCUCCGCCGGCUCAACCGAUCAAACCAUGUCCCCGAUCCCUGAGAUCGACGACGACCUCCUCCCUCUCGCCCCAGCCCCUCGUCUCCCACGCCAGGGCAUCUUCGCCGCCCGCCGCGCCGAAUCCCCCGGCCCGGCAUCUUCACGCUCCAGCUACACAGAUCGUAGCCGCGCCAUCGCCACCACCCCCUUACCCUCACGUUUCGAAGCCGAAACCCUCACCAGCGAAUUCAUCCGCCACCUCGAGUCGCUCGACUACAAAGCGUACUCGCUCUCCCCGCACCUAUUCGCGCGCUUCUGCGAGGCCGUGUACCCAAAUGCCCAGCCCUCGUCUGCCGUCGAGCUUUCCGUCAGCAUGGCCAUGGCGCGGUUCCACGUCUUUCUCGCCAUGGCGGUUGCAAUGAAAGUCCGCAUUAGGGAUGCGCCCGAGCAGACGAAUGCCUUGCUCGAGACGUGCUAUGAACUUGCCAUGCAGCAGACGGCGUCGUCGACGUUCUGGCAGGAGGCCGGUGCCAUGGAGGCGGCGCAGUUGCUUGCGCUUUUUGCGGCGUUGAGGAAAGGUGGAGGCGAGGAGGUGGGGUUGAGACAUUCCUUUUCGUGGUAA